CAGCGCUCCGCGCUCCGUGGUUGCCGGAGGAACUACUAACUAAACUACUGUGCAUACGUCAAACAAUAUACAUCAUAUACUACAACUACUAUUUGUGUACGUCAACCGCAAACUAACAUCGAGAAAUGGCUGGCAACAACAAAGAUAAGGACGAAGAUGAUAAGCCGUAUUUUAAAGUUAACAAAUGGGACGGGUCAGCUGUGAAAAAUGCCCUUGAUGAUGCUGUGAAGGAGGUUCUCAUUAAAAAGUAUAGCUACCAAGAAAACUUUGGUCUUAUGGAUGGCAGGCUGGUCAUGUGCAGCAUCGCUGUCUCAGUGGCUCUGUUUGCUCUUGGAUAUGAUUAUGUGUACCCAUUCCCAAAAUCCAAGCCAAUUCUGAUUGUUUGUGUAUCCACCUACUUUGCAUUUAUGGGUCUCCUUACCCUUUAUACAACAUAUAAGGAAAAGGGUAUAUUUGUAACAGCUGUUCAGAAAGACCCUGCUGGAUUCAACCCUGAUAAUACAUGGGAAGUCAGUUCUUAUCUGAACAAAUUUGAUGACAAAUAUCACCUUGAUCUUGUGCUAUUUAGUGCAAAGGGAAAAAGCAAGAGAGAAGGUUCAUUUGUAAAGUCUGUUGCAAAUUAUUUUGAUGAAGAGGGAGUUUUACUUUAUGAUUUGCUAGAGCCUGAUGUAUGCAAGCUUCAUGACAGUCUGCUUAAAGAGAAGAAAGAUAAAUAAGUAUUAUUCUAUCAAUUGGUCUAUUGUUGUCAUGUUUUUACAGUUCUCUCCACUUAAUUAUUGUUUUUUUCUUGUUCGUUUUUUAUCACUGAACAUGUAAUUAUUUGUCUUGUGUGUUUCCCUCUUGUAAUGCAACUAUUACAAUACCAUUUCUAUUGAGACAGAAUUGUUUUGCAUUUUUAAAGUAGCAUCAGUACCAUAUGCAAUAUGUUGAUCCUGAUACUUCAUCCAGUCUCAUGUAUUUUGGGAUGUCAUCCUUCUUGCAAAUUCAAAUUCCUAUGAAAUCCACUUCUUUAUAGUGUUUGAUGUUGUAUGGUACUAAAAAUUAAACUACCGGUACAAAAAGA